AUGAACUACGUAGGCCAGCUUGCUGAGACCGUUCUUGGCACUGUGAAGGAGCUAUACAAGGGCCUGAAUCCGGCCACCCUGACAGGCUGCAUUGAUGUCAUUGUGGUGAGGCAACCAGAUGGCUCUUUAUUGUGUUCACCUUUUCAUGUACGCUUUGGGAAGCUCCGUGUCCUGCGUUCAACUGAGAAAGUGGUUGACAUAGAAAUCAACGGGGAGCCAGUUGACCUGCAUAUGAAGCUGGGUGAUAAUGGAGAAGCUUUCUUUGUUGAAAAGUCAGAGGAACAAAAGGAGAGCAUCCCCAUCUCCUUGUGCACAUCUCCCAUCCCUUCGGAGAAAAACUCGGAUCCGGCAACCAGGUCUUCUAGGGAGGCUUCCAGCUUGUAUGGAAACGCUGAUGCCUCCUGGUCUGACACAACCCUGCGUAAGAAAAGAAGGCGUAAGAGGAAGGCCAGGAGGAGGGAGUCACAGGCGGACUCCACUUCAGAAGAGCAAGAGGAAACUGAAAGUGAGAUGUCUCUGGAGGAGAAGCGGAAACUGUUGGCUUCCAAUUCAAUGUACUACUCAUUCACUGAUGUUCAAAGUGAAGAAGCUGAGACUUUGCAACCAAAGGAAGCCCAUCCCUUUUCUGAUGGAGAGCUGCCUCCCACGCAGAGCCUUUCUUCAAGUUGUCAGUCAGCCCCCAAAAGUGACUCUGAACUGGAAAUCAAAAAUCCUGAAAUGCCUCUUGGAUCUGAAGCCCACAUGUAUUGGUCCUGGGGGAGACUGCCUGAAGUGAGCAAAUCAGAACGAGCGGAGUCGCUAAAGCCUACCACGAGUACUGCUACUACAGCAGUUGUCACUCCAACUACCAUUCCUGUGAGUGAGACGACACACUUUGUGGCCAUUUCGGAAUGCCAGUUGGGUGCUGUGGACACUGUUAAUGCACCACAUUGCCCAGUCACUCCUUUAAUUAGGCCAACUCCCAUCUUCUCUACUGGAAAUGGCUUUGGAGAUCUCACCUCUUCUGCUCAGGUGGUGGGCAGUGAUCCAGAGGCAACGUGCACCUUCUCAGGAGAGGUACAAAGCCAUGCAAAGCCUGCAGAAAAUGGUGAAAAGAAGAACGUAGGGACGAUUGGACAGAAUCAGGAAAUGGGUUGUGAAGCACCGUCAUCGAGAAAAUCCAGUUUGGAUCAGGACGCACCUUCCCCAACGAAAGCUAGUUUGGGGCAACCAGAACCAAGCGAUAGCUCGGAGCUGAAGCAGGAGACGAGAAGGGGUUAUGUGAAGAGAAGUCCUCACCUGGGACCAACCGAUAUUUACCUGGAGGAUCUCUCAAACCUGGAUGCUGAGCAGGUGGCCCUCUAUUUCCCUAAAAGUGAUGCUGAGCUGAGCAGCCAAGCACAAACCGAUCCUGGCAGCUUCUCUCGAACUCACCUGCAGGGUGGCACAGAUAAUCCGGAGCCUAUGGCAUGUAACCUGAUGCCACACAUCCUUCUGUCUGUCUGUGGGGGUCUUGGAGAUAGUGGUGAAUUAUCUCGUGCAGAGGAGUUUAUGAAACAUGUAGUCUCCUACCAAGAAUUUGCAGAGAAUCCAGCAGUUAUUGAGGAUCCAAACUUGGUAGUACAGAUCCAUAAUAAAUAUUAUAACUGGGCAGUUGCAGCUCCCAUGAUUCUCGCCUUACAAGCUUUCCAAAAGAAUCUUCCCAAGAUGACAAUUUGGAGAGUGUCCAACUCCUUUUUUUGCAAGGUGAUCGUAUAUCUCCUUCUACUGCUUCUGUCCACUUUCAGUCUUCGCUUUCGGGCAGCUCUGAGAUAUCUUCCCAAGAAGAAGGUUCAGAGUACUGUUGACAGACUCAUGAAGGAAAAGAUGCCCAAAAGGGGUGGCCGGUGGUGGUUUUCUUGGAGGAGACGAGAACUUUCCAGUGAGGAGCCAGAAACCAGCACCCAGAAAAUGCAUCCGACUGAGUCCUUUCAGCAGAGAAACAGGGACGAUGCUUCAUCCAGUGACGAUGGGUCUGUAUCUUCAGGCCGAGGGGUCAGACCCGUACCAGAUUGUAUUACGCAAAAGUUUCUUCCAACCUACAAGAAAUCCCUUAGACUGUCUUCAGAUCAAAUUAAGAGUCUGAACCUGAGGGAUGGCCCCAAUGAGGUAGCAUUCAGUGUGACCACACAGUACCAGGGCACAUGUCGUUGUGAAGCCACCAUCUACCUGUGGAACUGGGAUGACAAGGUGGUGAUCUCUGACAUCGAUGGAACCAUCACCAAAUCUGAUGCUCUAGGUCACAUCUUACCACAUUUAGGGAAAUGUAAGAAUGGAUACAAGUUUCUCUACUGUUCAGCCAGAACCAUUGGGAUGGCUCAUAUCACCAAAGGAUACCUGGAGUGUGUCAAAGACGAGGGCUGUGUACUCCCAAAAGGCCCCAUCCUGCUGGCACCUAGCAGCCUCUUCUCAGCUCUUCAUAGGGAAGUGAUUGAGAAGAAGCCAGAGGUGUUCAAAAUUGCCUGCCUAACAGAUAUCCGUAACCUGUUCGGCUCCAACAGGCAGCCAUUCCAUGCUGCCUUUGGGAACAGAACAAAUGAUGUUCAUGCCUACAAGGAAGUGGAUCUGCCAGAAUCGCGUAUAUUUACUGUGAACCCCAAGGGAGAACUAAUCCAAGAGUUUGUGAAGAUCCACAAAUCUACGUAUGAACGGCUGAGUGAAAUAGUAGAUCUCAUCUUUCCACCCAUUGGCGAGGAUGUGAGCUUUUCCAUGGAGUGCCCAGAAUAUAGCCACUUUUCUUACUGGAGAACUUCCUUGCCUGCUGUUGACUUAGAAGAUUUUGAGUGAAGAUUGUGAGCCACUGAAGCAUCAUCCUGAAGGAUAUUUAGCUGUUUGGCCUCUGAUAGAGUGGAUGGGCUGAGUAUAUCUUCUGCACUGUGAUGGACU